AUGGGGCUCAUAUUUAGUUUCAACGCCACACAUGAGGAGGUGCCUGAAGAUGUGAAGGAGAUGGUGGAGCCGAUUGAUUACACACCCGCGCCAGAAGACAAAAGACCGCAGGGUGAUCGUUUUUGCGCUAACUGCGGGGAGCCGUACUUUUAUUACUUCACGACAAGCACAAACUGUAACUGGUGCGGCAGGCAAUUCUGCACGCGCUGCUGCCCUAACCGACAUCUUUUAGGGGGCAAGCCGGGUUGCCCUGAAUGCACCCGCAAGGCGUAUUUGAUGAAGCGGAAAGAGUUGCUCAACGAUCAUCUAGCGGCGUUUCGUAGGUCAACUGAGAAGUCAGCGGAGGUCAAUGUUGCGUUGCAAGAAUAG